UCAAUCACUAGCUCAGAGUGUUUAUUGAUUUUUUGACGUUACUGUACUGUACUGUGUACCGCAAAGUCCAAACUUUGAAUACAAUCUGGAAGGAUUUUAAAUCCCCUAAAUCGUUUAAAGUAUGUGUAAAACAAACAGAAUGCGGUUACUAACGAGUCAGAAGUGAAAGAAAUCCACCAUGGCUUUAAGGAUGCAAGUUCCGGAGCUAAGAUGCAUGGAACCAGAGAACUACAAGAAGUAUUUCCGUACACUCUGUUGGAGUGGGACCAAGAAGGAAAAAAGAUCCCAUAAAAGAAUCAGCAAGAAGGAAAAACUCCGGCGGCUCAAAGCAGCGAACGCACUAGCGGUUUGCUAUGCUCCGGCACUUCUCGGUAACCCAUCUCAAUUCGCCGUGUAUGCCAGCGUGCGCAAGUCCAUCCUGUCUCGCUGGCGACACCUCCACGGCGCGGCGUCCGACCUGUCCGACGACAGCGACAGCGAGGACUCCUCGCCACUGCCAGUCAACAAGCUACCCAAGAUCACAGGAAUAGGUCUUCGCUCCGUGUUUUCUCUUAUAUCGCAAGCGCGCUUCACUAAUGCAGAUUUCUGUGAAGUGGCGCUGGCCGCAUUAUUGGACGUGCUGCAGGGUCACGCUCCUGAAGAACUGGCGCAAGAACCCACUGAUAUAAUAAUCAACCUGCACAGCAUGUUGGUGGAGAUCGCGAGCGGCAGCGGCGCCGGGGCGCGCUCGGAGGCGGCGUGCGCGCUGACCGCGCUGAGCGCGUCGUGCCUCGCGGCGCUGUCGGUGGCGCGCGGGGAGGCCGACCUCAUCCUCAACGCAGUCGCCUCGCUCAUCAUGACCUCCACUGAUCUCUCCGAACAGUACCUACAGAUCCCGGCGAACCUGAUAACUCUCCAGCGGAGCGUGCAGUCGGUGAUACUGGGGUCUCCGUCCCGCAACCUGUGGCUGAACUACGGCGUGCCGCACCAGGCGCUGGUCAGCAGCUUCCCUGUGGAGCUGCCGCCGCAGCUCACCGGCCCCGGCGAGCUGGUGGUGCGCUCGCUCGUUUCCGACGGCUGCUACCUCUACGUCUUCACCUCCAAGGGCCUGCUCAAGAUAGGCUCCGGCUACGGCAGCUCCAUCAGGCAGCAUGUCUAUCUGCACAAGCCGGACUUCUUCGCGAGCGAUCGUCACGGCUGGCUAGGGUUUUGUCAGGGUAAAUUAUAUAUAAGGAUAGGCAGGAAAAAGACUGAAGUUUAUGAAAUAGAUAGAGAGAGUUUCGAAGUAAGGAACAUGAUACGACUAGACCCUGGUCAGCCGGCCCCUGUGGAACCCAAGUCAGCUGUUUUCACGGAUGGGAACCAACUAGGACUGAUAGUACUAACUAAUUUUGACAACCUUACGAUCCGCAUGUACGACACGGAGACGCAGCCCAUGCAGAACGAGGGCACGGCCGCCAUCACGCUGACGUCGCAGAAGGAGAUGAACGUGCACCUGCUGCGGCGGCGCACGCUGGUGCUGGGGCGCAGCGCCUUCGAGGAGGGCGUGGGGCGGCGCGGGGACGCCGACGCGCCGCUCGCCAUGCAGCUCGACGACUGCGACGAGGACCCGCUGCUUAGCAUCUACGCCGGGCAGGACUUCGCGUUGCUCACCACCGCCUCCGGGAAGGUAUACUAUACUGGAAAAGGCGCCAGUCUCGGCUACAAGGCGGCUUCUCCGCAGACCGGUCGCUGGACUCUCAUGAAGGAAACUAUAUUCUCUAGAAACGAAGCGCCUAACGUCAAGAGAUGCAAAGUUAUACAGGUGGCCGUGGGCCACGAGGGCGUGCACGGCGUGCUGGUGCUGGACAACGGCUCGGCGCUGUUCACGGGCGUGGCGCGUCGCGGCGAGGACGGCGACGCCAUCCGCCACCGCCGCCAGCCCAAGCCCACCAGGCCCAAGAAGAUAUUCAAGGCGGAAGGUCAGUUCGUGGUGUACGCGGCGUGUAACUACGGGUCCACGGCGCUGGUGACGCGUCAGGGCCAGCUGCUCAUGUUCGGCAAGGACACGCAGCACUGCGACUCCGCCGGACAGGUGCUGGGCCUGCGACACGAGCGGAUCAUACAGGUGGCGCUCGGCAAAGCUCACGCCGUGGCUCUCACGAACUUCGGUUUGGUGUACACAUUCGGUAUCAACAACAAGGGUCAAUGCGGACGGGAGUUUGGAUACACUAAAGAGAAAGCGUGGGGCGGGCGACGCGGCGGCGCGGAGGGUCCGCGCGCUUGCGCGGGCGGGCACGCGUGGGGCGCGGGGCAGUGCCGCGUGUGCGUGCUGUGCCGCCACUGCACCGGCUUCGCCAGCGCCUGCCACUGCGCGCACCUGCCCGACCGCCUGCCCGGACAGCGCUGCGGUUGCGGCGAGGGCGACAGCGGGUGCUCGGCGUGCGGCAUCUGCCGGCGCUGCGCCGACGCCGCGCCCGCCCGCCACGACCAGCCCUCGCACUCCACCAGCGAUGUUGACGACGACGGAGAGGCCUCUGCUCUCGGCGACGCCAACCGCGAUAUUGAUAACGACGGUGAAGCCUCUGCUAUCGCCGACUCAGCGAGCGAUGAUCAAUCUCAAUGUUUCGUUGAAAUAAAUCUUGAUAACGACAAUGCAGCCUGCGCUAGAGCCGACUCAAGGAGCGAUCUUGAUGACGUCGCGGAAGCCUUCGCCAACCUAGACUCGAGGAGCGAGGCGGAGGGCGGGCGGUACGGCGCGUGGGGCGGCGGCGCGGAGGAGCGCGACGCGGCGCUCAAGGUGAGCAGCCUGCCGCCCGCGCGCGUCGCCGUGCCCGGCGGACACCGCAUCGCCGCGGUCGCCUGCGGCCUGCACCACACCGUGCUGCUCACCGAACACGGCGAGGUGCUGACGUUCGGCUCCAACCAGUACGGGCAGCUGGGCGCGGGCGACAUCGCCGUGCACCACCGCAUCGUGCGCGUGCGCGUGCCCAAGGCGGCCAGCGUCGCCGCCGGCAGCAACCACACCGCCGUGCUCACGCGCGACGGAGAGCUCUAUACCUUCGGCAGCUACCAGAAAGGCUCGCUUGGCCGGCCACGUAUGGAGGAACCAGUGAGAGCGGACCGAAGCCCCAUCUGGUACGCCACGCCCGGCCGCGUGCCCAGGCUAGGUCCUCGCCACUCGUGCAAAGCAGUUUGGGUAUCUGCAUCCGGAGACCAAACCUUUGUCCAAGUUUCUCAGGCGCUGAUCAAGACAGACACCCUGUUCAGUUCUACCAUCUCAGCGAACAGCAACACCAUCAUAAUUCUCCCGAACCGGCCGGAGCACACGUUCAAGUGCAUCACUAUAAACCGAAUGGACGGCACGUGCAACACGUGGACGGGCCCCGAGCAGGUGGACUUCGUCAACAGCCUGGCGUGCCUCGACCCGCUGUACGACCUGCUGUGGUGCUACCAGCCGCAGAUGAGGGUCAUCAAGUGCUACAACAUACUAGCCUACGACUCGCACAAGCUGCAGAAGUGUUGCAAUGAUCCCGAAACAUAUUUCGAUGAAGGUGACUUCGAGUACCCCAACUACGGGAGUAUGAAACGCUUGGAGGACUUUAAGAACUUGGAGAACUUUGACCUUUCGUGUCGAGACGAGGAUCGUCCGACGGACAACGUGGCGCUGUCGAACAUGUCGGUGCUGAACCAGGAGCUGGCGAUCCCGUCGGUGGGCGGCUGCACGGUGACGCGCAUCCACGCCGCCCUGCAUCUGCUCGGCUGCUUGGACUCCUUGACUUAUGCACAUGACAUCAGGUUAAACCAAGCGGAUUCGCGAAGAGAAAGCUUGGGCUCCCCUAUAUUGGCGGUGAAGGAGGAGUUUCUGACUGUGAACCGAUUCGAUAGCAACGGCGGUGGCUGGGGAUACUCGGGACAUUCGGUAGAAGCUAUUCGCUUCAUGUGUGACACCGAUAUCAUACUGGGCGGCAUCGGCCUGUACGGCGGGCGCGGCGACUACACGGCGAAGGUGAAGCUGUUCGACCUGGGCAUGGAGGGCGGCGAGCAGGAGGGCGACGGCGAGCUGCUGCGCGAGACCGACGACAUCGUGUACGAGUGCCCGCCGCGCGACCGCUACCCCGUCAUGUUCGACACGCCCGUGCCGCUCGCCGCUAACCGCUGGUACGUCGCGUGGGCCUGCAUCAGCGGACCCUCCUCCGACUGCGGCUCGGCGGGACAAGCCAUGGUCAUCAAUGAUGAGAUCGGUUUCCAUUUCAAAACCUCCAAGAAAUCUAAUAACGGAACAGACGUAAACGCCGGUCAAAUACCGUGUUUCAUCUACAACACUGUCAAUCCUGAUCAUGCAUUACCCCUCAAAGUAGUGGACUUCGGAGAACCAGUUGUCGUCCUAAGCAAGAAUCUAUCCAGAAAAGUGACGGUGGCGUGUUUCAAGUCCCUCAUAACCUUAUUACAAUGGAGCUGGACUACUUUCAAAGAAUCCAGUCUAGAGACAAACGGAACGAUACCGAUUAACUAUCAAAAGUUGAUGAUAAUGAAGCAUCAGAAGCGACUGGUUUACGUAAUCAGAGCAUGUUUGAGACUCGUCAAGUCUUACAUCAAUGAGAUAUAUCCUCAAAACAAUAGGAAGCGUAACUCGCACGAGUACAUGUCGUACUUCGAAGCUAUCGCGGAGGUGCGGAACCUGAUCCAGUCGAUAAUGGCGGAGCCGACGCCGACGUGCGCUAUGCUGGCUCGCAAGCCGGGCAAGAGCAAGAGCAACCGCGCGUGCUACGUGCAGUUCGCGCUGGAGCUGAGCUCGGCCGUGCUGGCGGAGGCGCACGACACGGUGACGGCGUGCUUCCACGCGUUCUUCCCCACGGCGGCGCUCAAGUGGGCGCAGGCGUGCUCGCUGCUGCAGGCGGUGCGCGGGGGCGCCGUGCCGCCGCGCGUGCGCCAGGAGCUGGCCGCCACCUGCGCCGCGCUCUGCGCCUCGCGCUGUCUGCGCGACCUGCUGCACCACGUCGUGCCGCUCACGCCGCCCACGCCCGACGCCAAGGUAAUCAAAGAGGUUCCUUCCAAGUCCGCGACCGUGCCUCGUGCGUCGCACUCACAAAAACCACCCCCGAUUCCUCCAAGGGCUAACAACAGAGAUAUGCCAAAGCAACUGGAAGGCGAGGCGGACUCGAAAGCGAAUCCCGCAGAGUGGCACCUGCUGGACGUGAUCCCGCGGCUGCUGGACAUCGUGAUGAUCCCCAUCAAGGAGCAGAUGACGUCGCGGCCGUGCGGACAGGCGCACGACCACGGCGAGAUCAAGCAGAACGAGCGCCUCGCCGAGUUCUGCUGCAAACUCAUCGCCAGGAUCGUAGCCGAGCUCUCCAUCAGCGCCACCAGCGUGCGGGAGGAGAGCGAGUCGAACACGGUGAAGAACCUGGUGACGCCGUCGCGGUUCAUGCGCGUGAAUCAGACGCGGGCGUGGAACACCGGCAACGGCAGCCCCGACGCCAUCUGCUUCACGGUGGACCGGCCCGGCGUCACGCUCGUCGGCGUCGGCGUCUACGGCGGCCUCGGCAGCUACGACUACUCCAUGGAGCUGCUGCACGACGUGCGGCUGCGCGCGGUGCCCGAGGAGGCCAACCCCACGCACUGCUGGGUGAGCGUGGAGAUCGCGCACGGCACCUACAGCGCCGCCGACCUGCACCACGACAUGGUGCAGCUCAAGUUCGAGCGCCCCGUCGUGCUCAAGGAGGAGUUGCGCUACGCCAUCCGGCUGUGCAACCAUGGCGGGCGCACCGCCAACGGCGACUGCGGGCUGCCGUCCGUGAAGGGCCCCGACGGCACCACCUUCCGGUUCGCCUCGUGCUCGCUCAGCUUCAACGGCACCACGCUCGCCCGGGGGCAGAUACCCUGCCUCGUUUACUACGGGUCGUCGAAGUGCGUGUCGAACGCGAUGGAGUGCGGGCGCGGGCUGGCGGGGUCGCUGCGCGGGCUGGCGCAGCUGGCGGCGGGCGCGGUGCUGGGCCGCGCGGCCGAGCUGCUGAGCGCGCUGCGCAGCGAGCUGGCGCCCGACGAGCUGCGGCGCCGCGCCGCCGCGCUGCACGCCUCGCCCGCCGUCUCCGUGCUGCUGCCCUACACGCUCGCGCAUCUCGACCACCUCGACGACCCAAAGAGCGUGAUCAAGCUGCUGGAGCAGAUCCACGCGCUGCUGCCGCACGUGGCGGCGCUGAACCUGCUGCUGCCGGGCCCGGAGGAGGCCAGCACCACCGGCCACUACUACACGUGGCUGGAGAGCGACCACCCUUACAAGCAGGCCACCGUCACCAACAUGCGGGUGCUGUUCCCGCGCAGCGUGUCGUGGGUGGUGCUAGAGAUGGAUCCGCGCAGCAUCACGGCGCAGCCCGAGGACUCGCUGACGGUGUACGCGGUGGCCGGCACUCCCAAGCAUCGCUGCCACUGCGCCGACGAGGUGCGCGUCUCCGACCCGCCUUUCAGAAAGGUAUAUAAGCGGCUGGUGCAGCUGAGCGGCGCGGGCGAGGUGGAGGAGCUGGCGGAGGACGCGGACGCCGACGCCGGCUGCAUGCACUACAACUGCUCCUACGUCAGCGUCACGCCGCGCCUCGCCAACAACGCCAACGACUGGCCGCAGAAGGCGCUGCUCAUCCCCGGGAACGAAGUCAUCUUCUCGCUCGAGACAGCCUCCGACUAUUUGACUGAAUACAAUAAGUCCAACAAUGAGGAGAACCGGUUCGGGUUCCGCUGCCUGUGCGUGGGCUACUCGGACGCGCCGAUGACGACGGCGCGCCAGGGCCUGGCGGCGCUGGAGAUGGAGCUGGUGCACGCGGCCGCCGCCGGCGCCUCCAAGUUGCUGGCGCCCGACAUCGACCUGCCGCCGCUCUCCUUCUCGACGCUGGUGGAGGUGCAGACGGCCGGCGCGGACGGCGACGCGCCCGACUCCAGCGAGGCGCUGCUGCUGGCCCGCGGCCUCGAGCUCUCCUCGCCGCCCACCGUGCACCAGGUGCUCGACGCGCAGCCGCUCAUGCGGUGCGUUUCUACAGAGCGUCAGUUCCUGAGCGACUUCGUGGCGGGCGCGGAGAGCACGGCGGGCGGGCGGCUGGCGCGCUGGCUGGCGCCCACGUCGCGCGUCGAGCCCGCCAACUGCGAGCUGAAGGGGCCGACGCAGCCUGUGCGCCCGCUCUCCAGGAUCACGCUGCCCGUCAUCGUGCGCGAUCAGUAUGGCGAGGUCGUCUGCUCGCCGGCUCUUAAAGUUGAGGUGGUGGUGCAGCGGCUGAGCGCGGGCGCGGGCCGCGCGCUGCACGCCGACGGCCAGCGCGCGCGCGUGCCCGACGUGCCCUACCAGCCCACCGUCAGGGAAACUAUGUGCUUCCACGCUAUUACCAUGAUGAAGGCUUAUCAAGACUAUUCGUUCGAGGAGCUCCGGCUGGCGAGCGAGUCGUGGAGCGACGGUGGCGCGGUGGGCGGCACGUUCGUGCACGGCGGCUGCAUCCCGGCGGAGCGCGUGCCCGUGCGCGAGAUCGCGGACGGCUCGUACCUGGCGUCGUGGACGCCGCGCACGGCCGGCGCCUACAUCUGCCGCUGCACGCUGGACGGCCAGCCCGCCUCGCACGAGGUGACGCUGGAGGUGGUGGAGAGCGCGGCGGCGGCGGCGGCCGAGCGCGCCGUGCAGGCGGGCGCGUCCCCGCCCGCGCCGCCGCGCAUGCGCCGCUUCCUGGCGCGCCACAGCGCCGGCCUGCGCGUGCGCGCCAGCCCCAGCCUGCAGGCCGAGGAGAUCGGCCGCGUGCCCUGCGGCAGCAACAUCGACUUCCUGGAAGAGAUCGUGAACAAGGACGGCACGUGGGUGCGGCUGAGCGCGGCGUCGGCGCGCGCCUACACGCCGGCGCUGGCGGAGGUGGCGUGGUGUCUGCAGCACCACCGGCAGCUGGACCGCGCGCUGCUCGUGCCGCUGCCCGACGCCGACUGCGCGCCGCCUGCCCAGCGCGCGCGGUCGGACGGCGCGUGGGGCGCGCGUGACGCCGACGCCUGGCCGACGCUGCUCGACGAAGAAAUAUCCUGCGUAGAAGACAGAAACUUCCCGUAUGAGCAAAUACAGAGGGAGGAGUGCGCGUCGGCGGGCGCGGCCGAGCCCAGCAAGCGCAGCCGGCUGCUGCGCGCCGACGUGAGCUGCACGGCCGCGGAGCCCAGACGCAGCUCGCGGCGCAGCAACGGCAACAGCGACGACUGGUGGUCCCCCGGCCGGCAGCGGCUCGGCGACAACGGCGACGCCAACAUCAUUCUAGAGACGGAGAUAGAGGCGGAGCGCGCGGAGGGCGGGCGCGUGGCGCAGACCGGCACGCAGACCUCGCCCGAGCGCGGCCUCGCGGAGAGCGGGCGUCGCAGCCCUAAGAGCGUGGCGCGGUCGCUGCUGGCGAGCCGCGCGCGCGCGUACCGGCGCGCGGGCUCGCCGCCGCCGCUGCUGCCGAGCCGCGCCGCGCCCGCGCCGCCGCCGCCGCGCACGCACGCGCUCAGCCCCGGCCAGGCCGAGUGCCUGCGCGCCGUGUUCGCCGCGCUGCUCUGGCACGAGGGGAUCGUGCACGACGCGAUCGCGUGCGCCGCCUUCCUGAAGUUCCACCCGGCGCUGCCGAAGCAGGGCGCGCGCGUGGUGACGCGGCCCGCGCCGCCCGCCGCGCCGCCGCGCCACCAGCGCCACUCCGUCGAGGUCUCCAACGCGGGGCUGUAUCUGCGCAUCCACCCGACGACGCUGGAGUCGCUGGCGCGCUCGGGCGCCGAGGCGAGCGCCAGCCGGCUGCGCAGGCUCGACUGCGACGCGCCCAUCCGCGAGGAGGACCUGCCCGGGCCCAGCACCGAGCCCCCGGGCGCGGCGCGGUGCGUGGUGAGCGUGCUGCCGCCGGCGAUGCGCGCGCUCGUGGCGCUCUGGGACGCGCUGUGCGACGCGCCGCAGCUCGGCGCCGCCACCGACAGAUUGAAAAAAGAGGAGAAGAAUGAAAAUGAAGAGCCAAGAUCUCACAGCGGUAUUCGUAAGAAGAGAGAUUGGAAUACCAGAAGCGGCAAAACACCAUAUUCUGUGGCGUGCGAGCUGUGCGGCGGCGCGCACGUGGCGCCCCCGCUGGCGGCGCACAUGCGCGCGGCGCACCCCGGCUGCGCGGCGGCCACCGCGCGCGGCUUCGACCGCGCCGGCGCCUACCGCGCGCCCUCGCCGCCGCCGCACCACCACUACUGCGGCCAGAUGGCGCAGGCGUACCGGCAGCUGUGGUACAUGUUCUGCGAGAAGUGCUUCGACAAGACCAUGAAGGCGGCGCCGUCGCUGCGCCAGGGCCGCGCCAAGAGCCGCGCCGAGAUGGUGGUGUGCGCGCGCGCCGACCCUCCGCCAGACAUCGACCACAAUAUCAUCAAGGACAACGCCGUCUUUCUGCUCGACCUGGCGCCUCUCACUAAUCCGGAGCCGCCGAGCUCGAGCGCGUGGGAGAGCGGGGCGCGCGGGCCGCCCACGCCGCCCGGCAGCGUGUGGCAGCCGGCGCCGCCCUUCCAGUGCCUGCCCGCGCUGGGCGCCGCGCCGCCCGACGCCGGCGCCGCCGACGCCGCGCGCUACCACUCGCUCGGCCGCCCCGUGCCACCUGCGCUCGCGCCCAUUACGUGCGCGGGCGGCGCGGAGGGCGGCUGGCGCGUGCACCGCUCCGUGUCCAUGGGGCAGGCGGGCGCGCGCGACCUCAAGCACGCCGCCAGCCCGCCCGAGCCCGCGCAUGCGCCCACGCACCAGGACACGCUCACAGGCGCGGGCUCGUCGCUACUGGCGCAGCCGAGCGCGGCGCUGCGGCGGCUCAUCGGCGGCGGCGAGGCGCCGGCGGGCGCGGAGCUGUCGGCCUUCGAGGCGCCCUGCGUGGACGCCGACGCGCUGCUGGCCAGCCCCGUCAUGGCCUUCAUCCUCGCCAAGCGCGACCUGCACGCCUAUCGACAGAAGAUGGACGCCGCCGUCAGGAUCAAUACUGUCAGACAGUACGCCUUUGAGGCGCUGAACUGGCUGCUGCGGUCGGCGACGCAGCCCACGUGCGUGCACGACGUCAUGUGGUGGUUCUGCAACGCGCUCGACCGCUUCGCGCGCAUCGUGCCGCCCGCCGCCCGCGCGCUCGACGAUAACAAGGAGCAAAACGCGGGUCAGGAGAACAGCCGCGGCGCGGUGCCGACAGCGAGCGGCUGGGCCAUCUGCCCGGGAGCGCGGGCGGCGCGCGGCGCUCGCGCGGCCUUCCACGCGUUCCUGGGGUCGGUGAGCGCGCUGGCGCCCUCGCUGGCGCCCGCCAGCGCCGCCGCGCUGCAGGCCGUGCGCUGCUGGGCGCUGCACUACUCGCCGCACGACCGCGCCUUCCUGCACAGAUCACAAGUGUUCAGUGUGAUUAGCAAGAUAUUGUCGCACUCGGAGGACGGUGCCUACGAGGAGGGCCUGCUGGGCGCCAUCCAGGAGAGCUACCACAGCUUCCUCAACAAGGAGAGCUACGUGUGGGCGUGCCCCGACGUGACGGGGUGGUGCGACGUGAGCGUGUCGUCGCGCGCAGGCAUGGCGGGCGCGCUCACCGACGGCAGCACCGAGACCUUCUGGGAGUCGGGCGACGAGGACCGCAACAAGGCCAAGUGGAUCCAGGUGGCGUACCCCGGCGGCGCCGCGCCCGACCGCCCGCACGUGCUGGCCGUGCACCUGGACAACACGCGCGACACCGCGAACAAGACGCUGCUCGUGUCGUUCCUGUACAGCGGCGGCUCCAGCGAGAUGUUCCACAUGCAGGACGUCGAGGUCGACCCCAAGACCGCCACCUGGCUGUGCUACACCAUGCCGCGCACGGCGCGGGCGGCCGUGCGCGUGCGCUGCGAGCUGCGCGGGCCCGAGGCGGCGGUGCGCGUGCGCCAGGUGCGCGUGCUGGGCGCGCCGGCGCCGCAGCCCGCCGCCGCCGCCUCGCCCGCGCACCUGCUGCACCAGCUCGCCGAGGCCGACACGCUGCGCGUCUUCCGCCUGCUCACCUCGCAGGUGUUCGGCAAGCUGCUGGAGUGGGAGAGCAGCGGCAGCGAGUCGGGCGCGGAGGCGGAGGAGCCGGCCGACGACAGCGACCUGCGCGAGCACGUGGUGGGCAUCCUGUUCGCGGGGCACAAGCUCACCACGCUGCAGCGGCAGGUCAUGUCGCACAUCGUGGCCGCCAUCGGCUGCGAGGCGGCGCGCGUGCGCGACGACUGGGAGACGGCGCUGCUGUGCGCCGGCGCGCCCGAGCGCGUCGCCCAGCCCCAGGACAACUACUGCUUCGAGAUGCUGUCGCUGCUGCUGGCGCUGAGCGGCAGUGCGGUGGGCCGCGCGCACCUGGCGCAGCGCACGGAGCUGCUGCGCGACCUGCUGGCGCUGCUGCACGCGGGCAGCGAGCGCGUGCAGCGCCAGGUCAUCUCGCUGCUGCGCCGCAUCAUCGCCGAGAUACCGCCGCAGAAAAUGUUGGCGGCUGUUAAUUACGGCUCUGAACUUAAUACCAGAGUGACGCUCUUGGAGCACCUGGUGUGCUAUCUGGGCAAGGCCAUCACGGUGCAAGUGAAGGUGAAGGGCACGAGCGGCGCCAGCCCGGCUGCCGUGAGCAUGGGCGGCAGCGUGGCCGGCGCGCCCCCCGCCGCCUGGUUCAUGCGCGGACACACCACCAAGAAGCACGCGCACCUCGUCGCCAAGCUGCUCUCCGACAUGGCUGAGGAUAAGGUGUCAGUGGAGUGGGGAGUGGAGACGCGCGCGGCGCUGGCCGGCUACGUGGCGGGCGUGGCGCAGGCGAGCGAGGCGGAGCGCCGCGCCGCGCGCUGCGUGGCGGCGCCCGCGCUGUGGCUGGCGCUCGCCGCGCUCUGCGUCUGCGACCAGGCGCACGUGGACCUGAUCAACCAGUCGUGCGAGACGCGCGACACCGGCCGCGCCGAGGCGCGCCCGCUCUGCGCCAAUCACGAGGACGGCAGCACCGCCGCCGUCAUCCAGUGCGGCGCGUGCGGCCCGCUGUGCGCCGACUGCGACCGUUUCCUGCACCUGCGCCGCGCCGCCCGCGCGCACCGCCGCCAGAUAUGCAAAGAGGAGGAGAGCGCCAUCCGCAUCGACAUCCACGAGGGGUGCGGGCGCGCCAAGCUGUUCUGGCUGCUGCUGCUGGUGGACCGGCGCACGCUGAAGGGGCUGGCGGAGUUCCGCGGCAUGGAGGGCGGCGUGUGCGACGCGGCCGGCAGCGCGGCGCCGCCCGGCCUGGCCGGCACGUGCCGCUUCUGCGGCGCGCGCGGCAACACCGGCCUGCUCGCCAUCGGCAACGUCUGCGCCGACCAGCAGUGCCAGGAGCACGGCGCGGCGGCGUGCUCGCGGCUGCUGGCGUGCGGGCACGCGUGCGGCGGCGUGCGCGGCGAGCGCGCGUGCCUGGCGUGCCUGCACGGCUGCGCGGGGGCGGAGGCGCCGCUGCGCCAGGACGCCGACGACAUGUGCAUGAUCUGCUUCACCGAUCCACUGCAGGCCGCGCCCGCCAUACAGCUGAAAUGUGGUCACGUGUUCCAUCUACACUGCUGCAAGAAAGUGCUCGCCAACAAAUGGAUCGGACCACGAAUAACGUUCUCGUUCUCACAAUGCCCUAUUUGCAAGGAGGACAUGAGCCACUGGACGCUGGAGGAGCUGCUGGCGCCCAUCCGGCAGCUGUUCGAGGAGGUGCGGCGCAAGGCGCUCAUGCGGCUGGAGUACGAGGGCGGCGCGCUGCCGGCGCGCGGCAAGCAGCUGCCCGACCCCGCCGCCUACGCCAUGGAGCGCUACGCCUACUACGUCUGCCACAAGUGCGGCAAGGCCUACUUCGGCGGGCUGGCGCGCUGCGAGGCGGACUGGAGCGGCUGGUGGGAGCCCGCCGAGCUGGUGUGCGGCGCGUGCAGCGACGUGGCCGGCGCGCGCACCUGUCCCAAGCACGGCGCCGACUUCCUCGAGUACAAGUGCCGCUACUGCUGCUCCGUGGCGGUGUUCUUCUGUUUCGGCACGUCGCACUUCUGCAACGCGUGCCACGACGACUUCCAGCGCGUGACGGGCAUCCCCAAGCACAUGCUGCCGCAGUGCCCCGCCGGGCCCAAGGGCGAGCAGCUGCCCGGCUCGGCGGACGAGUGCCCGCUGCACGUGCAGCACCCGCCCACCGGCGAGGAGUUCGCGCUCGGCUGCGGCGUGUGCCGCCACGCGCAUGCCUUCUGAGCCCGCGUCGCAUCACUAUUAUGUCCAGUACCUACAAUGUCUCAUCAUAUUAUCGUUUCAAUGUUACAUCGAUAUUGUAUAUUCGAGAUCAAUGUUUCACCCACAGUAACGUCAGUGUUGUCUACAGUAGGAAUAUGUGUCAUUUUGUCUCUGAUCUUAUACUCUGAUCUGUAUUUGCGUAAAUAUCGUGAUAAACACUUGGCCCAUUUAACGUCUGAAGUGGUCGUCGACCUGUAUCGAGUUGUGUGGGAGUUCAAGUGACUGCGGUGUGUAUAAUGCUCGUGCUACUUUUCCAUCGAUUAAAUGGUCUGAGGUGUUUAUAUAAAUAUGAAGUAUCGAUGUAAAGGCCUUCCUCUGUCCACGUAAUGGCGGACACCUAGUCAAUAUAUUUGAGUAUUGUGGUCAGUUUUCUGGCUGUUAUUGGUUAAGUUGAUGGUUAAGUCCAAAGUCCAACUGCAUAGUAUUUCAUGCUACGACUUCUACUUCAGAAUAAGGAAUGUUUGCUGUAUGAAAGUUUCCCUUACAGGAUUCAUGAAGUAAGCUUGUGAUUGUAUUUCACUGAACUUGUGGAAUGUUGUGAUAUAAAUUGUAAAUAUCUAUGUAUAAUAGGGCGAAGGCACGACUCGGCGCGCGCUCCGUCUAGUCUGACUGAUUGCUACGAGCCUUCUCCUUGUUCUCAGUAAUCACUCGCCGUCAUUGAAACUAUUACUUUGAUAAAUUAUUAUUAUAAUUCGUUAAACAUCGGUGUUUUAGGAAUAGCAGUUUUAUUAUUGUUGUUGUAAGAUAAAUAAUCAUUGUAAAAAGGUGCUGAGUGUAGGUACACUUGCCACUAACUAGUAGAAAGUAUUCGGCUCCUGAGAACAGACGUACCUGAAUCAUUCAAUUGACCACCAUAAUCCGUACUUUUAAAUACACUGGUAACAGUGCAUCAGUAACAAUUGAUAUGAGAAUUAACUAUGCAAGAAAAUAAAUCUACAGAGCUACAAGAUACAAGCUGUGCUAAGUUUGUGGCUCAACGGUAACUACCACAAUGUAAAGUUGCUUUUUUGACAAUAAACAUGAUUUUAUUUAUUUUAGUUACAUAUGGAGUAUGGGCACUGGGCAGUAGUGGGCAGUCCGUGUGAAGCAACACAAGGGUACUGUAGUGGGUGUGUGCACCACUCGGCACAUCUGAACAUUCCUGAAUAUUAGUAGCUUCACUUUAUUGCUGUAUAUGUACAUAUACAUAUAGGAAGUCCAACUUUGAAACGUAACUCGUAAGCUAUUCCUUAAAUAUAGGACAGGACAAGUAAUAAAAGUAGGUUAAACACGGACUGUAUUUGAAGACUUGAUAAAAAUUGUAUUUGGAACGAAAAUCUUUGUUGAUUGUACUUAAUAGGAAAAUAAAAAUGCAUAGGAGAGCGAGGUGGGGGCGGCGACUGAGUGUUGUGCCACGCCCCACACAUGAACCACUAAGGUUUUAAAUAAUGAACAUCUGAAACAGAUGAGAAAGAUCAUCAUUCCUGUCGAAAUUAAAACUUGGUGGCUUAAUUGUAAGUUUAUAAUUUAAAUGAAACCGUUUAUUAGAUAGUUGUAUCGAUAGCUCUUUUUGAUGAUGAUUUUACAAUGUUAUAUCGUGUUAAAUUUAUUACCCUCAGUUAUCAAUUCUGAUUGACUAUUGUGAAUUUAAACUUUAUUUUUAAGUCAAGGAAUACAAGUCGAAAAAUUAAGUAGAUAGACAAUUGAGUGAACGUGGAGUGGAUAUAAAGUCGGUAUAGUUCGACACAUCAAUAACAACAGCAUUCAGUGGAGU